AUGUCUUCUGGCAAGUCCAGGGAGGCGCAAGCCUCCCAGCCCUCUGGGUUUCAUCAAGAAUACAUUGCCUCCAUGCGCUACCGAAAUGACCUCCCCCCGCCGGAUAUGCCCCCCAAGUUUCUGGACAUUCCUCAUGAGGGAUUGAGCCGCUUCAUCACCCCCGGCUUCGCGUCUAACCUUGCGCGACGUGAAGAACCGAACAUUGAUGUCGAUGCUGAGGGUGGAAUGCCCAUUGAUCUCGUCGGUCUCCCAGGGUUGCAUCUUGGUGAUGAAAGUGCCAUUCUGGCCCCCGAGCAGCCACCACCCAUUGACCCGGCUGAUUUGCCCCUCUUGAUCAAGCUUGAUCAACUGCGUAACCCUGUUCCCAAGAACGUCAACGUCAGUUUCCUCCGCCGGACCCAGCAUAUUUCCGUUGACCGUACUGCCACGACCGCCAGUGCCGGUGGAGCUCCUGCCGCCUCGCAGCGGACCAAGAAAAAUAAAAUCUCGCUGGAUGACCCGAAGCACGUGAAGAAGUUUAUCCAGAAGGGAUUUGACAUUGCCUAUCCCGAAAGCAAGCAUACAGGGGAGGAUACGGAGAGCCGCAUCCGUGGACUACCUGCUACCAAAGCUGAAUCCGAUGCGUGGGCUAAUCCUGUGCAUCCGGAAAACCCCAAGCUGAAGCCCGUUGCAUUUUUUCCUGUGCUACCAGAUCUCUCUGGGUUCCCCGACCCAGGUGGCUACGUGCAGUUUAAGUUCGACAAAGCUCCUGUUCCUGGAAUUGGUGGAAAACGCGACAAGCGCAUGGAUGUGAGCUUGCUUCAACCAGAUGCUCCUGAAGAUAGGGUCUGCCAGGAGCAUGCGCAGAAACUCGCACUCCACAAGGCGCACCCCGCUGACCAUGCCGAUCCUGGCCCUAUCCCAUGGGACUGUAAUCUUUACCUUCCGGAGAAGCCUGAGCACGUAAAGAAGAUUCAAGCUAGCAUGGACCCACAAAACGCGAACCGCCAGGAUGAGAGCCUUUACACUCACAGUACUGAAGACGGCGCGGGCUUCCAUCGCUUCGAUCGCGUCCGAACCUAUGCAACCACCUCACAGACUCUCGAUACUGAGAAUAAGCAGAAGGAUAUUGCGGUGACUCUUUACAAGCCAAACGAGGGCGAUGUCAAGCAGCAAGCUGCUUACUACUAUCCAAUCUUGAGCAAGACCCGUCUCAAGCCAGAACGGUCCCGUACUAUUGCACAAGCCGGACUGGCCCCUACUGCUUCCCAAGCUGCGAAGGAAGAUAAGAUUGAUCAAUUUCAGGUGUUCGUGCGUGAUCCUGACCAGGAUGAGGAAUACAAGCGAGCUCUUCACCGUGCUCGCAUUGACCCCAAGUUCGCCGAGACUCUCCCCCGCCCCCUGAGCCUACUACUACCGACGAGAAAGAACCCGCUGCUGAUGAAGGCUCCCCUGAACCUACACACGCGGAAAACCAUGUGGCUGAUGCAGCUGAUGACGAUGAUACCCGAAUGA